AUGGGUGACUUUCUCUGGAUAAUAGCCCUUAUUUUGAAGUUAAUUCUUUCCACUGAAACCCUGAUUUCGACGGACCGUGCAUCUGUUGUAUGUCCGAAUUCAGACCCCCUAUCGCCUGUCCAGGAAGACGAUCAACUUACGGAACCAUACACAUUGAUCAGACUAGCUGUCAUUUUACCUGGUAAUAACAGCCGGUUAUUCUCCAUAGACCGCACAGCGCCAGCUAUCGACCUAGCUAUCGAUAAAGUCAACGCAUCUGGGCUUAUUCCAAGCAUUCGAUUUGAAGUGAAUUACAAUGCUUCCAACUGUCGGGGCACGGCUGCCCCACUCGCCGCAUUCCACUUCUACAUGGAAAAAAAAGUGGACAUCUUCUUCGGACCGGCAUGCGAAUAUUCCUUGGCUCCGGUCAGCCGGUAUGUGUCUCACUGGAACAUCCCAGUUGUGAGCGCUGGGGGCAUGGCCCACGAUUUCGCCGACAAAAACGAGUUUGGCACCUUGACACGCGUAGGUGUGACCUUUGACAGCCUGUACAGGGCUGUGUCGAAAAUGUUCGAGCAUUACUCGUGGAAAUCGGUGGCAGUUUUGUACGACAGCAACGCACUGAGCGACGUCACACCACGGUUUUGCUACCUUACGAUAUCAGCGUUUUCUUACUGCAUCUAUCUAUCUAUCUAUCUAUCUAUCUAUCUAUCUAUCUAUCUAUCUAUAUAUGUACACACAGAGUCUUAUCUAUCUAUCUAUCUAUCUAUCUAUCUAUCUAUCUAUCUAUCUAUCUAUCUAUAUAAUCUCUUGCAUCCUAUGCAUAUCUAUCUAUCUAUCUAUCUAUCUAUCUAUCUAUCUAUCUAUCUAUCUCUUAGCCUAUUCAUAUCUAUCUAUAUAUCUAUCUAUCUCUUAGCCUAUUCAUAUCUAUCUAUCUAUCUAUCUAUCUAUCUAUCUAUCUAUCUAUCUAUCUAUCUAUCUAGGGCGGCUAGCCAAUACCUUUCUGCUCAUUAUUUUGAUCUAUCUAUCUAUCUAUCUAUCUAUCUAUCUAUCUAUCUAUCUAUCUAUCUAUUUGAUCAAAUCUAUUUCUGGUCAUUAUCUAUCUAUCUAUCUAUCUAUCUAUCUAUCUAUCUAUCUAUCAAUCUAUGUGAACCAAUCUCUCUCUCUCUCUUUAUCAAUUUGAUAAAAUCAUUCUCUCUAUCUAUCUAUCUAUUUGAUCGUCUAUCUAUCUUUAUUUAUUUAAUAAAAUCUCUCUAUCUCUCUAUCGACUUGAUCAAAUCUAAUUCUGGUCAUAUCUAUCUAUCUAUCUAUCUAUCUAUCUAUCUAUCUAUCUUUGUGAACCAAUCUCUCUCUCUCUCUCUCUCUCUCUCUCUCUCUCUUUAUCAAUUUGAUAAAAUCAUUCCUUCUAUCUAUCUAUUUGAUCAAUAUCUAUCUAUCUAUCUAUCUAUCUAUCUAUCUAUCUAUCUAUCUAUCUAUCAAAGUCAGUUGGAAGAUGAGUAUACCGUAGUUUUCCUCGCACCAUUUCUUUUCAUCUGGUCUCUUCCCCUUCUUCAUCUAUUUGAGUCUAUUCAUUAUCUAUCUAUCUAUCUAUCUAUCUAUCUAUCUAUCUAUCUAUCUGAGUCUAUCUAUCUAUCUAUCUAUCUAUCUAUCUAUCUAUCUAUCUAUCUGAGUUUGUUCAUUAUCUAUCUAUCUAUCUAUCUAUCUAUCUAUCUAUCUAUCUAUCUAUCUAUCUAUCUAUCUAUCUAUCUAUCUAUCUAUCUAUCUAUCUAUCUGUCUCCGUCUAUUUAA